GGCCCGCUCCGGAGGAAAAAGACACGGAACCGGCCUUCGGCCUGCCAGAAAUCUCCUUAUCAGAAGCGGAGCAUGCAAAUAGAAGGGGAGGCGAGCGGGCACAAUAGGAGAGGCGGGGGUGGCACCCAGCCGCUCCUGAACUGCGCUGAUCCGAGGAGCAGCCUGAGGAGGAAAAAAAAACAAAAGAAGCCAGAAGGAACUAGGGGCGGACUGAAAAGACUGUAGCUGGCCGGGUUGUGGAAAAGAAGAGGCGAAGAGCCGCGGUCCGGCAGGUGGUUCCUCCAUGUGGCGCCUCCAACCGAGAAGAGAGCUCGGAGGCGGCCGUGGACUCUGGCGAUGACCAAGCUAAGCGAGGCCCAGACUUACUCACCUGCCAACACUGCUCCUAUGGACAGUAAUAUCGUGGCCAUUAUUAUAGCUACCACAGUUUCUUCCUCGGUGUUCAUCGUAGCCAUUUUGGUGCUGCUGCUCCUUUUGUACCACCGGGACCCUCUCUGCUGCCAAUUUCUGUGCUCUUGCCGACUCUUCCAGAGCCCUAGUCAGUAUGAAUGUCCCCCUUCUUACUUCAAUAGCAACCAGCGCCUGGUGGGAUCCCAGUCUGCAGCACAGCGAAUGGAGACAGGAGCUUCUGAAAACCCUGGUGCCCAGGGAGAUGAAUUGUUCUGUGUUGGAAGCCCCAGUAGCUAUCAGCUUCCACAGUGGGAGCAGCCUCACCUGCCAAGCUAUGAGAGUGUACGAAAAAAGGAUCGGCAAAGGGAAAUCCACCAGAUGAUUGCUGAUAGAUUUGGAUUAUGGGCAGAAGUCUCUCCAGAGUUACCGCCCCCUUAUGAACAGGCCUUGAGGUAUCCUGCCGCCUUGUCAAGAACCGGAGCCGGCUCAGAAUUGUCAACCAGGCAGAGCCUGCCAGAUAUGCUGCAAGCUUCUCCCACUUACCAGACUCAGAGGAACACUUCGGUGUAGGCUGGGAAUGAGUCCUCCACUCUCCAUGGCACAGACUGGGCAACGCUUUCGUUUCUGCAGGGCAGUCGGCUAAACCUUGAUGUUGAGGAAGUGGGAUGAAAUUCUCCGGCAUUGUUGCAAAGCAAGCCAUGUUCUAACUCAUCCCCACCCCACCGUACAACGAUUACAGCUUUGGGACUGCUGUCUUGAACUAAUCCUUAAAAGACAAACAUUUGCUCAUCCUGGUGGAAUAAAUUGCCCUAGGGAAGUUCUGAUCAGCUUCUCUUCCUCUUUUUUUUUAAUGUCAGACCCCCAAAGAAACUUCCAACAAGAACAGCCUACAGCAGUGUUGCUCAACUUUGGUUGGCUAUGUUGUAUGGACUUCAAAUCCCAGAAUUCCCCAGCCAGCCAAAUAUUGCCACUCUUUGGCCCAGAGACCAUUUCCCAGGUAUCUCCAGAUGAUCUUCUUGCUGCAAGAGUAAAUCAAGCAGACACACCAUUGGAAUUUCAGUUUGAUCCCCAGGAACUAAACAUUAAAGCCAUCGAUUGAACCUUCCCUGAUUGUUGUUUUAAAGAGAUAAAGAUUUCUGGUUCAAAGGCCACCCUCUGAGACCAUAGAGCAGCUUUUCCACUUUUUAAAAAGUACCUCUGUUAGAGCUGCCAAACUUUCAAGAUAUUUACCCGAACAUUUUAUUUUCUUUUAGCCGUCAUAGAACUAUAUCCACAGGACACCAUCCGGGGCUUCAAGUGACACAAUGAAUGUAUUUUACCCUCUGGCUAUUUUCACCAAUCUACACCAGCGGAUGAACUCUUUGGAUAAAUUCUGGUGGGAUUUUUUUUUUUUUCCCCCUUUUGAAGACAGGGUGGGAGCCAUUUUUGCAGAUCCAGAACAAGUUCAGAAUUAAGUAAAAGACAAGUCUGGCACUUUUGUCUCACGUUUCCCCAACUGAAAUACAAAUAGCCUGUUUUUCAGCCAAGCCAUAACUGAUAUCAAACAGAGUUACCUGUCAAAAUGUAAAAUUCUUUCUUCCCUGAAAGGGAAGACCUAGCUGUAUACCAGAACUGUUUAUUCUGCUUGUCAGCUGGAGCUCAGACAAUCUUGAUAAACUUAAAAUCUAAUUUGCUAUUUGGAUUGGGAGAGGGGCGGACAGGUUUUUGUUUGUUUGUGUUUGAGUAAUAAUCACACCAAAUGUUCCUAAUGCCAUCAUUGAAAAUUAAUCUAAUUGGGAAAUGCUUGGGAUUGCUUUCCAGUCUAGCAUGUAAGUUACCAGAAUGAAGUUCCGUAUUUACCCUUUCCUGUCUGUGAAAUUGAAAAGAGCAGAUGUGAGUUUAGGUAUAUUUAUAUUCAGGUUUUAUUUUAAAGACAGUCGAUGUAACACUCAAAAUGGCUAACACAUAGAGAUAGCUGUAGUACAUUUACGUUUCCUUGCUCCUACCCCACCCCACCCCUUAACAGCUAGGUUCAUACAUUGCAUGAAACCUGUUUUAUCCAUGGUUUGUUGAAUAGGCCAUGACCCAGUUAGCCAAAAACCAAAGAAAUCACACUGCAGCUUAGCGUGCAGUACUUAUACAGCUAAUCACUGUCUUGAGUUCCAUAGCCUGUUGAAUGAUUUACUUGAACUUUAGUUAGAACUACAGCUACGUGUCUGCAGAUAAAAAACAGGAGGAAAUGACGGUGAUUAGGGAGUGCACGGUUGCUAACAUCAACGGGCCUCCAGUUUGCUGGUUUCACGCAUUGCAUUAAGCUAUAAAUGAGUUUCAGCUCAGAUUGCAAUAUGAAGCCAGGCACCAUGACCUAUUGAAGAAUCACAAUUUGGCUCAAGUGGGAUAUGUGAAGUCAGUCAGACUCAUUUUUACACCAGAUCUUAAGAGAGAAGCAAAUCUGCUAAGACAACUCGCCUCACUGGGGUUAGCUGUGGCAUUCAUUGACUGAGUUCCCAGAACACCCAAAGUCAAAAUCUGGCUUGCUUGCUUUGGGAUCAGUGGCAUAUGUGAAAGUGUUGGCUAUUCAUUUGUCAAUGAAACAUGGAAGAAUUCAUGCCUGUAAUGCACAUGAAAGCUAGCACUAUUGCAUUUCAUAGUCUAACGAUCUAUAGUACCAGGUGAUUAGACAGACUUAUUUUUCCAGUGAAGACAAGCCCUAAAUUUACAAUAUAUAUUUUUUUUUCAAGCAA